AUGGAUCGAAGCCAGUUAUUACAUCAGCCAAUCAUUUUGCUUAAGGCGGGAACUGAGCAAUCUAGCGGUAAACACUUGAUUCUGUCGAACAUCAAAAGUUGCUGCGAAGUCGGGGAAAUUGUUAGCUCAACCUUGGGUCCCAUGGGGGCAGACAAGUUGAUAAAAGUCAACGAUAAAACCCACAUUACAAAUGAUGGAGCUACUAUAAUGGAGCUGCUUGACAUUGUUCAUCCCGCUGUAAAACUACUAGUCGACAUAUCAAAGUCGCAAGACAAAAAUGUAGGAGAUGGAACGACGAGUGUGAUUCUUAUAGCCACAGAAAUCAUGAAGGUCCUAGCGCCGUUUAUCGCAGACGAAAUUCGUCCAAGAUAUGUUUUAGAAGCUUUGAACAUUUCUAUGAAAAAAGCGCUUGAACAACUCGACAAGGUUAGCACUUCCCUUGAGAAUUUGUCUGAAACUGAGCGUAUGAUGAUGAUUCGAAAAGCUGCUGAAGUCAGUUUGAACAGUAAAAUAUUGUGUGAAAACAAGUAUUUUUUCAGUGAAAUUGCUUACAAAGCUGUUAAAAAUAUGUUAGAAGGAAACAACAAUGUUGUUGAUAUAAAUUUAAUUGAUAUCAAAAAAGUUGUUGGAGGAAGCAUUACGGAUACCAUGUUUAUUUCUGGAGUCGCGUUUCCAAAAUGUUUUUCGUAUGCUGGGUUUGAACGUGCGCCCAAGCAGUUUGACAAUGGUUGCAAGAUUAUUGCGCUUAAUAUGGAGCUUGAACUUAAAGCAGAGAGAGAAAAUUCCAUGAUACGAAUCGACGAUGUCAACAUGUAUCAAAAAGUAAUCGACGCAGAGUGGAAAAUCUUAAUUAAUCGUUUGCAAACUAUAUGCGACAGCGGAGUUAAUGUAGUUAUCAGCUCGCAGUCGAUUGGUGACAUAGCCACACAAUAUCUCGCAGACCGAGAUGUUUUUUGUGCUGGUCGUGUUGAAAAAUCAGAUUUUGAACGCAUCGCCAAAGCUUCAGGCGCUAUUCCACUUAUGACGGUGUCAAAAAUAAACACCUCGUCAAUAGGAUACUGUGGAAAAUUCGAAGAAGUACAAAUCGGAAAAGAACGUUUUAAUGUCUUUAACAAUUGCCGCGAGGCGGUUAUUUCUACAAUCAUCAUUCGUGGUGGAAACCAACAAUUUGUUGACGAGGCGGAACGCAGCUUGCAUGAUUCUAUCAUGAUCAGUGCCCGCUUGUUUCAAACCAAGCAGAUCGUUCCGGGCGCCGGUGCGAUUGAAAUGAGUGUAGCUACGGCUUUGCGAAAAGAAGCCCUCAACUAUACCAAUAAAAUUCAACUUAUCAUUGAACAAAUUGCAAAAGCCUUUGAGGUGAUUCCGCGAACACUCGCCAAAAAUUCUAACCUUGACCCCACCUCUGCUGUUCUCCAACUGCGUGCGCUCCAUGAAGCUGAUCCGGUGAAAAACGCCAACUACGGGGUGAAUUGUCGUGGCACAAACAGCGAUUGCGUUUUGCAGGCAAUCCAAACGUUUGUCUGGGAGCCGCUGCUACUCAAGUCUACUGCUUACAAAGCGGCGAAAGACGCGGCCUCCACCAUUCUUAAUAUGGAUUACAUGAUCAAAAAUCCCAAGUCAAACCCAGACCCCAAAAACUAAACCGGCUACGAAAAACUCCAUAGCCGAUAUGUUUAUUUAUUUAUAAUACGAUGUUGA